GUGACUGACUGAGGGAGCUUCUCCAAAGUUUGACCGGCCUCCCGUUUAUUCUCUCCCGCUGCACGUUUGACCAAAACAGCCAACCUCCACACCAGACUGACGUGAGGACCAGAGUGCCGCACGGAGAGGAGUCUGCGCUCCUGGAGGAGAAGACCCCAAAGUUUUCUUUAGAGGACUCCUGCUGUCUCUGCUGGAGCAGUAACCCAUGAGACAAAGAGUAAAUUAACUACUGUAGCUGCACACUGAGUGACUGGCUGACUGUCCUCCAUCCUGCAGACGCUCAGGAGGAAGAUCAUGGACUGAAACUCUGGGAUCUGCUUCCUUUUGUUGUGCUUGGAAUCUCACUAACAACACAUGAGGUGGAUUGACCGGACGCGCGCUUUCCAUACAGUAAAUCCUCGGGGAUUAAAAUAACGAGGGCGAUGGAUAAUUUCUUCACGGAGGGUGACCGGGUGUGGUUACGGGAGGAUGAGCAGUACCUUCCCAGCACCGUGUCCUCGUGCUCUGGAGGGGUUGUUGUCUUUGCCACAGACUACGGCCAGGUCUACACCUACAAGCAGAAUGCGCUCACCAGACAGAAGGUGCAGCCCAUGCACCACAGCAGCAUCAAAGGGGUGGAGGACAUGGCGACCCUCGAGGACCUUCACGAUGGCGCCAUCAUGCACAACCUCUUCCUGCGCUACCAGCAGAGACACAUCUAUACGUACAUUGGCUCCAUCCUGGCGGCGGUGAACCCUUACCAGUCACUCCCUGACCUGUACGACCGGCCGGCUAUGGAGCUGUACAGCCGACACCACCUCGGUGAAAUCUCCCCGCACAUCUUCGCCGUCGCCAAUGAGUGCUACCGCUCACUGUGGAAGAGACUGCAGAACCAGUGUGUCCUGAUCAGUGGAGAGAGUGGCGCCGGGAAAACAGAAAGCACCAAGCUGAUCCUGAAGUUUCUGUCGGCCAUGAGCCAGCACUCCCUGGAGGUAUCGUCCAGAGACCGGACGUCACAUGUGGAGGAGGCGCUGCUGGAGAGCAGUCCCAUCAUGGAGGCAUUUGGAAACGCCAAGACCGUCUACAACAACAACUCCAGCCGCUUUGGGAAGUUUGUCCAGCUGCAUUUCAGCCAGAAGGGCAACAUCCAGGGAGGCCGAAUCAUUGACUACCUCUUAGAAAAGAACCGAGUGGUCCGGCAGAACCCAGGGGAGAGAAACUACCACAUUUUCUACGCCCUGUUAGCAGGAACCAACAGCCAGCAGAGAGAGGCGUUCGGGUUGACCCAGCCUGACAGCUACCACUACCUGAGACAGUCCCACUGCCUCACCGACAAGACAAUCAACGACAGUGGCACUUUCCAGGAUGUUCUGUAUGCCAUGCGAACGAUGCAGUUCACGGAGGAGAACAUCGGGGAGAUCCUGCGCCUCCUGGCCGGGGUCCUUCACACAGGGAACAUCGAGUUCAUGACAGCCGGAGGAGCACAGGUCUCCUCCAAAUCAGCAGCUCUCACCCGGACGUCUGACCUGCUGGGGCUGAACCCAGAUCAGCUGGCUGAGGUCCUGACUCACCGGUCCAUGAUCCUCAGGGGCGAGGAGAUCUGCACACCGCUCACUGUGGAACAGGCGGUGGACUCCAGAGACUCCAUGGCCAUGGCACUUUAUUCUCAGUGUUUCAACUGGAUCAUUCGCAAACUCAACAACCGCAUCAGGGGCAGAGAAGACUUCAAAUCCAUCAGCAUCCUGGACAUCUUUGGGUUUGAGAACUUCGAGGUCAACCGCUUUGAGCAGUUCAACAUCAACUAUGCAAAUGAGAAGCUUCAGGAAUAUUUUAACAAGCACAUUUUCUCCCUGGAGCAACUUGAGUACAACAAGGAAGGCCUGGUUUGGGUCGACAUCAACUGGAUGGACAACGGAGAGUGUCUGGAUCUGAUUGAGAAGAAACUGGGUCUCCUGGCUCUGUUGAACGAGGAGAGUCACUUCCCCAAAGCCACAGAUGACACCUUGCUGGAGAAACUCCACAGCCAGCACUCGAAAAACUCUUUCUAUGUGAAACCACGUGUUGCUGUGCACUACUUCGGAGUCAAGCACUAUGCAGGAGAGGUGGUGUACGAUGUGAGGGGGAUGUUGGAGAAGAACAGAGACACCUUCAGAGAUGACAUCCUCAACCUGCUGAGGGAGAGCAGGUUGGACUUUGUCUACGACCUGUUUGAACACGUAUUGAGCCGAAACAAACAGGACACUCUGAAGAGCACCUCCAAGCACCGACGGCCCACCGUCAGCUCCCAGUUUAAGGAUUCUUUGCACUCCUUGAUGGCCACGCUCAGCACUUCUAACCCGUACUUCAUCCGAUGCAUCAAACCAAAUAGAAACAAGAUGCCUGACCAGUUUGACCAAACGUUGGUUCUGAACCAGCUCAGAUAUUCCGGCAUGUUGGAGACCGUUAAGAUCCGACGCACCGGCUUCCCCAUCCGGAGACCUUUCCAGGACUUCUGCUCCAGGUACAAGGUGUUGAUGCGUGGCGCCAUGAUGCCGGAUGAUCCCAGGGGGAGCUGCAUCCAGCUGCUGCACCUCUAUGACAGCAGCAGCGCAGAGUGGCAGCUGGGAAAGACCAAGGUCUUUCUUCGGGAGUCUCUGGAGCAUCGCCUGGAGAAGCAGAGGGAGAUGGAGGUGCUGAGAGCAGCCAUGAUCAUCCAGGCUCAUGUCAUGGGCUACAUGGCCAGGAAGCAGUACAGGAAGCUGCUGCAGUGCAUUGUGGUCAUUCAGAAGAACUACAGGGCCUUCUACUGGAGGAGGAAGUUCCUGGUCCUCCGCUGGGCAGCGCUCACCUUCCAGAAACGUGUGCGAGGCCAGCUGGCCCGCCGGGCCUACAGCCAGCUGCUGGAGGAGAGGAGGAGGAGGAGGGAGGAGGAAGAGCGCUGCAGGAGGCUGGAGGAGGAGAUGGAGAGGGAGCGACAGAGGCUGGAGGCUGAGAGACUCGCCAGAGAGGCUGAAGAGGCCAGACUAAUAGAAGAGCUUCAUCGGGAGGAGUUGGCUUCUCUGGCUCUGCCUGCAGUAGCAGCUGCAACAUCACCAGACACCUUGGAGGAGCUGGAGUCAGCAGAGACAGUUGAGGAGGCAUCUGAAGAGGAGGAGGCGAUCCGUCCUCACGAGGCGUCACAGGUAGAGGAGAUCCUGCGACUGGAGCGGGAGAUCCAGUCGCUGCAGAGGCAGAAGGAGCGUCAGGAGCUCUCCCUGACUGAGGCCUCCCUCAACCGCCUGCAGCUUCUCCGUGACCAGGAGCUCAGGCGACUGGAGGACGAAGCAUGCAAGGCGGCACAGCAGUUCCUUGACUCGCUGAACUUUGACGAGAUCGAUGAGUGCGUGCGCAACAUCGAGAGCUCUUUGGGGGUCGGGGAAGAGGAAGAGAAGGAGAAAGAGGGUGGACGGAGGAGAGGCAAUGAUGAGGAGGAGGUCGACGAAGGCUUCGGGGCUGAUGAUGAGGCCUUUAAAGACUCGCCAAACCCGAGCGAGCACGGCCACUCGGACGGCCAGCGGACAAGCGGAAUCCGAACAAGUGAUGACUCAUCUGAAGAAGACCCAUACGCCAAUGAUGGUGUGACACCACCACUGCCGCCAACCACCCUGCUUCACCAGCCGCUGCCUUUACCACCAGUGCCCCCCGCCUGUCACAGUGUCUCAUCCAGUGGGGACUCAGCCUACUGUCACCCCCAGGCUUCAUCUGAGGCUCAAUCUGAUGACCUGGUGGAGCUCAUACCGCCAGACGAGGAUUCGGACUACGACCAGGAUGACUACGAUGAGGGUGCCAUCGUGUCCAGUGGCAGCGUGGCCUUCUCCAACCCUCGCAGCGGCCAGUGGUCUCCUGACUACCGCGGCUCUGUAGGAACGUACAACAGCUCAGGGGCUUACCGCUUCAGCUCGGAGGGAGCGCAGUCAUCUUUUGAGGACAGCGAGGACGACUUCGACAGGUUCGACACCGAUGAUGAGCUGUCAUAUCGACGGGAUUCCGUCUACAGCUGCGUCACUGUGGUGCCUCAGUUCCCUUUGUCGUACCUCUCUCUCUUGGAGAAGUCGACGCAUGGUUCUCUUCCUCUUGAUGUGGCGUCGGCGCAGCAACACAAACACAGACAGGCCAGCAAUAAGAACAGCCAGCAGACCCCCGACUACACCAGCCGCAAUCAUGGAAAGGCCAGAGGGGCUGAAAGACAGAACUGCGGAAGUUUGACUGAAAACAGUACAGAAGACACGCACAUCCCAGCGUCCAAUGGCGUGGGUGCUGUACCAAAGAGGCAUCUGGCAAAGUAG